AGGCCCAGCCUCUCCCUAGGGGGCGCGGUAGAGAGCAAUCAGUAGUAGCACGGAGAAGAAGAAGAGGAAGGGUGUUAGCUGUUAGAGGCUCGAGCGGUGGAGUGGUUGUAGUUGUCUCGUUUUUGCCAAGAAGAGAAAUAAAGUUCGACAAGUUCUUCAUCUGCCUCCUCCUUGUUUUGCCGCCAGCAGAGCAGAGCCUAUGAGCUUGUUACCAGCAAACGAGCCGAAAUAGACACCAGCCUGUUCUGGACUUACCAAGCUGCUAACCAGCAGGGUGGAUCAAACCCAAGCUGGGACCGAUGCAGAACGGGGAGGUUAUGAGCCCGCAGGACUCCAAGGCACUGGGGGAUGAGGCCAUGAAGGACCACAAGGCCCCUUGCCAGAAUCAGGGAUGCAUGGAGCCCACAGCUCCUCCACUUCCUCCCCCAUCACCGCCAUCAGCAGGGCCACCAGAGUACCCGAGACCCAGGCUUAUCUUCCACACCCAGCUGGCUCAUGGGAGCCCAACAGGGCGCAUUCAUGGAUUCACCAAUGUCAAGGAACUGUAUGCCAAGAUCGCAGAGGUGUUCAACAUCUCUCCGUCAGAGAUCCUUUUCUGUACCCUAAACUCUCAUAAAGUGGACAUGCAGAAACUUCUUGGAGGACAAAUUGGACUGGAGGAUUUCAUCUUUGCUCAUGUCAGAGGGGAAACAAAAGAAGUGGAGGUGACAAAGACCGAGGAUGCAUUAGGUCUCACUAUCACAGACAAUGGAGCUGGAUAUGCUUUUAUCAAGAGAAUAAAAGAGGGCAGCACCAUUGACCGACUGAAGGCUGUUUGUGUCGGUGACCACAUCGAAGCCAUUAAUGACCAGAGCAUUGUAGGAUGUCGACACUAUGAGGUCGCCAAGAUGCUAAAGGAGCAACCAAGAGGCCUCCCUUUCACUCUUCGCCUUGUGGAGCCCAAGAAAGCCUUUGACAUGAUUGGAAUGAGAACUAAAGCGCCAAAAUCUAAUGAGGGAAAGCUGGUGAACGGGAGAGAGACUCUUCGGCUUCGGUCUAAGGGGACUGCUACAGUUCAGGAAGUGCAGAGUGAAUUUGAAGAACAGGCCACAAGGAAAGUGGACGAUCUCUUGGAGAGCUAUAUGGGGAUCAGAGACCUGGAGCUGGCAACCACCAUAGUGGAAGCAGGCAAGAACAAGAAGAACCCUGAUGACUUUGCUGAGGCCCUGGAUUCUGUUCUGGGAGAUUUUGCUUUUCCUGAUGUGUUUUUGUUUGAUGUUUGGGGAGCCAUUGGAGAUGUUAAAAAUGGCAGAAUUUAGAUAUUAACACCAUUGAGCGUAUUAUAUCUGUUUAUUGGUAAAUCCAGUUGCACAAAAAAGAACAUAGUUGUUUUAGUCCUUGGUUGAUUUUUUGUCACUUUCCAACAUAAUCACAAGGAUCAUCAUAAAUUCAACAAUCUUCCUUUGGGCUUUUGAGUGUGCCCCCAGAGGAUCAUCACUGUAACACUAUAACACAAAAUAAAUGCAACACAGAAAACUCAGAAGUACUUUGAAAUUCCUUUCUACUUCAUGUGCAUUCACAUUUUCAUGUUUAUAUCAAAACUUACAAAAAGUUUAGGUCCCUCCCUCUAACACUUAUGGACCAUCAUAAAAACACUUAAAAUUAGAUAGUAGACAUCUACAAACAAUCUAGGAAUCUAAGAAGUUAAAAAAUACCAGUAAACUAAAAUUCCCCAGUAGAAACCUGCAGGGCACAACAAAACACAAAUGUUUUUGAGUAACUUCAAAGGUAGGCAGUGAUGUGUUUAAGGACAACGUUUCCCAAAUUGUAACUAAACUAUUCUGAGAGGAAAGAAAAUGGGUAAUGUGCUAGGUCUUUGGUUUCUUGCAGCAUGGAUUAGACAGCUGUUUUCAGUCUGAGGAGUGGUUCUGCUUCUGCUCUUGCUGUAUUGUUUUCAGCACAUGUGUGCCAUGUGCUUGGCAAAAUAAAAAAAAAGAGCUGAGGAAAAAAAGAUUUAUUUACAAAUUAUUUUCUUUCUACAAAUGCUAUACCUCUUUGGACGUAUACCAUCCCUGUAGCACGUGACUAAAAAGAUCUUGAAAAUAAAGUAUCUGCUCAGACAUUAAUCCAAUUUAUGGGAAAAAUAUAAUACCAGUGGGAAUAUUCCCAGCUAAAUGACCCUGCUCUGUGAAACAGAUUAUCUGUCAUGAUCAACCAAACAGGAACUCAACCCUUACUUCCCUUGACAAAAUGAGGAGAUCAAAGGAGUUUGUGUAUCCAUUUGAUCUUCUGUGCUUGUAAAAGAUUUUGCACUGUUUGUAUAUGGACUGAAAAAUGAGAACAUUCAUGUCUACUCCUAUUAAAAGAACAUGUAUUAACAUGGUCUCUU